GAGCUCCCCUCUCCCUCCCAGAUUCACUAAUUUCAACUUUCUCGUGCACAUCACAUCGCUUCCUUCGUUCUUUCUGUCUUCGUUCAACACAAAAGAAGAAAGAGCCGAAAGGAUAUCUUUCCGGCACCGCAGGGAGGUCACGGGGCACAGACCUAUUGAAACAAACAUAGAAGUUCAAGCCACACAGCAAUGGUCGACGUGGACACGAGGAUGGCCGGUCCAAACCCGGCUCAUAUUGCUGGCCUCCGGCGCCUUUCCGCUCGAGCGGCUUCCGUUUCUGCCACCGCCGCUUCCUCCCUUCCCGUACGUAACGGUCUUCUCUCGUUCUCUUCUCUAGCCGACAAAGUCAUAACCCACCUCUGCAACUCGGGCAUACAGGUGCAACAAGGCCUCUCCGACACAGAGUUUGCUCGAGCCGAGGCCGAGUUUGGCUUUGUAUUUCCUCCAGACCUUCGUGCUGUUCUCACUGCCGGCUUGCCCGUCGGCCCCGGUUUCCCUGACUGGCGCUCAGUCGGGGCUCGUCUUCAUCUUCGUGCCUCGCUGGACCUUCCAAUCGCCGCGAUCUCCUUUCAGAUUGCCAGAAACACCCUCUGGUCCAAGACUUGGGGUCCCAGACCAUCUGAGCCCGAAAAGGCAUUGCGGGUCGCUAGAAAUGCACUGAAGAGAGCCCCUCUUCUGAUACCCAUCUUCAACCAUUGCUACAUUCCCUGUAACCCCUCUCUCGCGGGCAACCCAAUAUUCUUCGUAGACGAGAAUAUGAUCUUCUGUUGCGGUUUGGAUCUCUCGGAUUUUUUCGAGCGCGAGUCCCUGUUCAGGAGUUCCGAAUCCAAUCCUCAGAUGCUGAAAAAACAGAGUUCCGUCAGCGAGAAAUCUGCCGGUUCAUCCCACAAUUUAUCUCGGAGAAGCCUGGAUACGGGAAUCGUUAGCGGAGGUAGAACGCCGAGGUGGGUCGAGUUUUGGAGCGACGCAGCCAUCGAUCGUCGGAGGAGAAACUCAUCUUCGUCGACAUCGUCGUCGCCGGACAGGUUUUUUGAGGUGCCUCGGUCCAAAAUACCCAAAUGGGUAGAGGGGUACAUAGGGCAAAUAGGGUCGGUUCUGAGAGAAGGCGGGUGGUGCGAAUCGGACAUAUCCGAAAUCGUGGAGGUGUCGGCGUCGGGAUUCUUCCAAGGAGAUAUGGUGUUGUUAGAUAAUCAGGCGGUGCGGGAUGCCCUGCUGUUGAAAGCGGACAAGCAUUCGGACUCUCUUAGAAAAGCGGGGUGGAGCUCCGAAGAGGUGUCAGAGGCCUUAGGAUUUGAUUUUCGACCGGAGAAGGAACGGAAACCGGCUAAGAAGCUAUCCCCCCAGCUGGUUGAGAAAAUAGGCAAACUUGUGGAAUCGGUUUCCCGGUCGUAACAGUUUGGCUCGGCUGGGGAGAUUUUCCUUCUUGUUUUUCCUUAGCUAAACAAAUUAAAAAAUACGGUGGUGUUAAGGCUAAAGAGGCCUCGGGGUUUGCAUUCCCCUAUCUUGGGGUUAAAACAUUUUGGGAAACGCCAGUUGUCCGAGGAAAUGAAUUCGGAAUUACACGUGUUGAACCUUCCGCCAUUCAAUCUAGAUUGAAAAAUAUAGACGUUACAUAAUUAAUGAAUCAAUUGUUGCAUUUAGACUUGCUCGCGGCCGAAUGUAUUAUCGGCGAUAUGUAAUUUUGGUGGUUAGGCAAGGGGGCAGGGCACGUGCGUGUAUCCUUUUAAUAGAAAGGAGGGCUCCACUCGUUUUGCUCAGUCUCAGUCUCAGUGAUCCGAUCCGUUUUCAGAAGCCGAAAGGAUAAUGAGUUAGCCAUGAUUUGAUUUCAUUCUGAGCGCGGAACUGGAAGGAGUAGGAGAGAAGGCAGUAUCUUCUUUUAAGAAGCUACUUGUGUGACAGGAAUAAGUGAAUACAAUAUAGAUACCCCUUGGAAUUUGGAAAAGGAAGUGCAUGCAUGAAUGGGAUUUCGCAGGCAGGGUUGAAGGGACAAAGCGAUGACAACCAGAUCUUCGCUCUCUCUCUCUCUGGAUUUGAGAUGGCGAAGAAAAGCCUGCCCGAGUUAUGGAGCAAAUAAAUUAAUCCAAGGGGAGAAGGGCAGCCCUGGAAGUUUGCGAGGUGAGAGGGUCCACGUGAUUGGGCCCCCGAUAAUUUCCUUGCAGCUUUGAGCCUAACCCACACACAGCCGGGCAGAGAGCUUCAGAAGCACAUCGGGCGCGGGCAAUGAGCAGUCAAACACUUGGUUCUACUUAGGCGUUUGCUUCUUGUUUGCUUCGUUUUGUAAGCAUUGGUAGGUAGCAUCUAGCGCGUACGGCAGCAACUGUACAUUUGAUUUGGUUCGCACUAUCUCCAAGCUAGAUUCAUGAACGAUUUUCCCCGAGAAA